UCAAUCCUUUUUGACGGGGAGUAUAACUUCAACGAAAGUAAAAGCAGUCUAGAUUGCAGUUGAUUUGUUGCUAUUAUACUUAUCGUAUCAACUCUGGAUGAAUAAUUUUCCAAAGUAUACGUAAAAAAGAAUAAUUUAAAAAGGUGAACUGUGGGUUUUACUAAAAUACUAAACACUGUAAUCCAUUCGAAAAUAUACAGUGCAGUGGAGGAAGCCAGAGUGGCGUGAAUUUUCUAACCUCUUCAUAGAUUCGAAGGGAUAAACAUUGCAGUUGUUUUCGAGGAAGGAAGUGAAGGGAUUAUCGAAAAAUGGCAACUCCAGAGUCCGUGCAAGUGAGUUCACUCCCAUUGCCACCGAUUCAAUACAUCAAUUUGUACACGGAUGAGAAUGUCAGACGGGGCAGAGCACCAAGACCACCACCACCCAUUCACGACAGUUACUCGAUGUUUGGAAAUGUCUUCAACGCUGAUGACACGAUCAUUAGACCGCUAGAGGCCCAAGGGAUUAAGAGACUCUAUCCUCAGCACUUUGAUCGCCGGAGGGAACUCAAGAAACUCAACCACUCGCUUCUUGUCAAUUUUCUGGACCUCAUUGAUCUCUUGGUACAGUGUCCUGAUAGUCCCAGGCGAGCAGAAAAGGUGGAAGAUUUGAGUCUUCUCUUCAUCCACAUUCAUCACUUAUUGAACGAAUUUCGACCUCAUCAAGCUAGGGAGACCUUGCGAGUAAUGAUGGAGCUCCAGAGGCGACAGAGGAUCGAAACCGCCCUGAGGUUUCAAAAACACCUCGAGAAGGUCCAGGAAAUUCUCCAGCACGCCCUCCAGAUGCUCCCUGAUACCGCGGAAUUGGAUUCGAAAUUGGCAAUCAAUACCGAAUCGAUGGAGUGCUCUGACAGUAUGAAUGCAGAACACCAGAAUACCGACCCGUGCUGUCCCAGCGACAAAAUAAUGUGCAAAUUGAUCGACGAAAUGACCUCCAAUGCUGCGUUCUGAACGAACUCCAUCCCAAUUACUGUACGGAAUUAUAACUUUAAUUACCAAGUUAAGUUGUAUAUAUUGAUCUCAAUGUGAACUAUAAUUCCAAAUUUUGCAACGGAAAAAUAUAUUUAUAACACGAA